AUUUGCUGUCUCUGUCCAGAUUCAUUGCCUUCUCCCUCUCUCUAUCUGUUCUGUAUUUAUGUGCUUCACUUAGGGUUUGCCAUUUUCUGUUACUACUGCAGCUUGGCAUCCAUGGAUGAUUGUGUUGGGCAUUUAAUUUGACUGUGAUUUUGUAGUAAAAUUUCUGGGCGCUUUAUUGCAUAACGAAUUCCCUUGCUUCUUCUGCAAAAUGCUAUUCAUUUACCCCACUAGUUAUUUCUUUUCGAUAAAUACAUUGCAAGGAAUAUCUGUAGCAAUUCUGGUUGUUGAGAGUUUCUCUGAAUCAGUAAUUUGAUGUUAAGGGAAAAAGACCAUUUCAGUUCAUGCUUGAUUUUAACACACUUGUUAAUGGCGAUGAUUAGUUUCCUUAACUUGUUUGUGCAAUUUUGAAUGCAAUUACCAAAAGCUGCUUCCAUAUUGCUCCCUAAAUCGAACAUUUACAACAACAAGCAUGGAGAGCAGGAACAUCGAAGAUAGUCAGGUUUGUAAGAAUCGGAGAAUCGAUCGAGAAGGCAGUACGCUGGCAUUGUCUGUGUCGACCAGCAAUGAGCAGCCGGGAAGUUCGACAAUGACCAGUUUAAACACAGGUAGUGAUUCCAACAGCAACACAUUGUCUGCUUAUUCAUGGUUCUCUGUUAGGAAGUCGACUUUGAGAAACUACAGAUAUUCUAACACCGGGGACGAAGCAAAUUUCCAUGUGAAAACUUCUAGAAUCUUCCAGGAGGCGAAAUAUUUGUCGGGGACUCAUCACACAGGCAGUCCUCCGAGCAAUGCUGUAAUUGAUAGACAUGUCGGGAAAAAUUCUUCUAGUUUUAGCAGCUUCUUCCUCGGACAAGCUUCCCCUGCAAAGCCUGAACUGAAUCAGCUUCAUUCAGACAGCAGCAUUGUUGAAAGACCUGAAUCAAAUCAUUUUGGGAUUACAUUGAGACAAUGGCUAGCGGUGAAACGAUCUGCUGCAAGUAAGAUGGAUAAGUUGCGCCUGUUUAAGCAGAUUGUGCAUACGGUGGAUAGUUUACACUGUGGAGGAUAUGCCUUGCUGGAACUACAGCCGUCAGCGUUUGUCUUGUCCGAAAGUGGGGAUGUUAAAUACAUUGGAUUAUUACAGGAUACUGAAUCAUCGAAACCUUGCAAGAGAAGGCGAGGUUUGGACCUUUCUGCCAGCGAAGACACAGCAGAAAAUUCUUGGCUGGAAAAGAAAUGGUAUGCUUGUCCGGAAGGGAUGGAUGCCUCAGACCUACUUUCAUCUAAUAUAUACUCUUUGGGACUACUGUUGUUCGAGUUUCUUUGCCAUUUCGAAUCGAUGGAAGCUUGUUCUGCAGCGAUGAAAGAUUUGCAAUGUCGAAUCCUCCCUCCGAGUUUUCUUUCCGAGUGUCCUAAGGAAGCGGGGUUUUGCUUUUGGUUGCUUCAUCCGGACCCUUCUUCUCGUCCCACGGCCAGAGAAAUCCUGCAAUCUGAGAUGCUGGAUGGAUUCAAGGUUUCGUGUCCGAGUGAUGACGGGGCGUCGGUUAUUGACACCGAGUCGGAUCUCUUGCUUCACUUUUUGGUUUCACUAAAGGAACACAUGCAGAAUAAGGUUUCAACAUUGUCCAAAAGUAUCGAAUUCUUGGACGAAGACAUUAAAGAGGUCGAGCAAAAGUACGCUUGUAAGAAAUUUACAGAUAUGAAGAGUAAACAUCUUGAUCAGAACAGGCGACGGCUCCAGGAGAAAUUAUUUGAAAACAUAAGCCAGCUUGAAAAAGCUUACUUUUGUCUGAAGUCUCCCAUCCAGAUUCAACAAACACCGGAUGUGGAUCGAUCGGACAAGGAUGUCCUAACAAGCCGUGACACAUGGCCUUUGGUCGAAACUUUAAACAGUACAGACGAGAGAUCCUUCAACCGUGUAGGAGCCUUAUUUGACGGCAUUUGCAAAUAUGCUCGGUACAUCAAAUUUGAGGUUUGUGGAACGUUGAGGAACACAGACAUUCUUAACUCGAACAAUGUCAUCUGCUCGUUGAGCUUCGAUCGUGAAGAAGAGUACAUAGCGACUGCUGGAGUUUCCAAGAAAAUCAAAAUUUUCGAGCUCGCCUCACUUCUGAAUGAUUAUGUCGAUGUUCAGUAUCCCGUGCUUGAAAUGUCUAACAAAUCCAAGUUCAGCUGCAUUUGCUGGAAUGGCUACAUAAAAAACUAUCUGGCUUCGGUUGACUACGAUGGUCUUGUCCAGAUAUGGGACACGAGCACCGGGCGUGUAUUUGCCAACUACAUGGAGCAUCAAAGAAGAGCGUGGUCGGUUGAUUUUUCUCUGUUUGACCCGACAAAGUUUGCUAGUGGUGGUGACGAUUGUUCGGUUAGGAUAUGGAGCACCAACGAGAAAAACUCGAUCGGGACAAUUUGGAAUCAGGCGAACAUUUGUUGUGUCCAGUUCUCGGCUUUCUCAUCCCAUCUGCUAGCAUUUGGUUCCGCUGACUAUAGAAUCUAUUGUUAUGAUCUUCGACACACACGGUCACCGUGGUGCAUUUUGGCUGGUCAUGGGAAGGCUGUUAGCUAUGUGAAGCAUUUGGAUCCUGAAACGGUUGUGUCCGCCUCUACGGACAACACGUUGAAGCUUUGGGACCUCAAGAAGACUUCCUUGGAGGGGUUGUCCUCGGACGCUUGCCAGUUGACCCUCACCGGACACACUAACGAAAGAAACUUCGUUGGAAUGUCUGUGUCGGACGGAUAUAUAGUGUGUGGUUCGGAGACGAAUGAGGUUUAUGCGUAUUACCGGUCAUUGCCGAUGCCAAUCACUUCUCACAAAUUUGAAGGGGCAGACCCGACGACGGGACACAAGCUUAGCGAUGGCAACGGGCAAUUUGUCUCAAGUGUAUGCUGGAGAAAGAAAUUUGGGAUGAUUGCUGCUGCUAACUCGACCGGAAGCAUGAAGAUACUUCGAUUGGUAUAGCGCAAAGUAUCGAAUCGAUGAAAUGAACUGAU